UUAUUUUUUUAACGAUAAACCGCAACAGCUUAAACAGCCAUUUUAAGUCCCUCUAAUAUUUUCAGCCUCAGUAUUUUUAGCUAUUUUUCACAUCACAGCAUUAGGCAACUAUUAAAUUUCUCUUAUUCUGGAGUGGCAGUACUGUUUGGUACUUCCACACACACACACACACACACACACACACACUAUUAAUACAGUACUUUAUUCCUUCAAAAUUUUAUGAAACAAUGGUAGUCUUGAAACUCCGAUUUUUAUUAGUUCCAUUCUUCACAAGUGUCAUGGGAGAGGCCCAAUAUGUAAUGCAAGAUGCAGCACUGAUGAACUACAUAGACCGGCGUUUCCUUUCUUUAGAGAAGAGGCUGGAAAAAUGCAACCAAGACAUACUGGAUUAUGUUGAAGAAUUUCGAGACUUUUCAAAGACGAUAAUGUCACGCCUGGCAGUACUGAACAAUCAUAAGACUGAGGUUAAAACUGAAGUAGAGAAUUUGCUAACAAGAGUUGAACGAGCACAAAGGGACAUUGACUAUUUUGGAUCUGUCACAGAUUCUAAUACAUGUAUAGAAGUAGAUGAAGACUUGGUGAAACAGCAGCUAUUUGAAGAAGCAGAAGAAAAAAGGAAACUUAAACUCAUGCUUAAUGCAAGUUGUGACUACAUGCUUGCAGGUAUUAAGUCCCUAAAGAUAGUUAAGAAGACUGGUGAGAUGCAUGGUUCUUGGAUGAAAGAUCCUGGCAAAAAGCACACAAAGAUUUAUUUAUUAAGUGGUUCUGUGAAUAAUGUUAUUUUGGAAUUUGCAAAUAUCUUGGCAUUCAUGGAAAGCAAUCAUACACAAAAAGCUCGCAGAGUCACCCUGCCACUUCCCUGGAAAGGAACUGGCCACAUCAUAUAUCAGGGUUUCUUGUUCUAUCACAGAUAUGGCUCCUUAAAUGAGAUAAUUAAAUACAAUAUCCAGAAAAGAAAUGUAUCUGAUCAAAUGCUACUGCCAGGUGCUGGACGGAUUCCUGCCUAUCAGCUUUCUCCAGCUACAAAAAUAGAUCUUGCCAUUGAUGAGCAAGGGCUCUGGGCAAUCCAUGCAGAACCAGACACUGGAGGAAAUAUCGUAAUUACUAAAAUCAACCACAUGACCAUGACAGUAGAGCACACUUGGGACACCUCAUGCAGUAGCAAAGAUGCUGAAGCUGCUUUCAUGGCAUGCAACACACUCUAUGUUGUAUACAACUUUCCUAGUGGAGGCACCUCUCGCAUACAAUGUGUUUAUGAUGUAUUGGGUACAGUAAAUACUUACGAGAUCCCAGUAUUGCACUUUCCCAAACGUCAGGGUAGCCAUUCCACAAUACACUAUAAUCCCAAAGAAAAACAGCUCUUUGCCUGGGGUGAUGGAUCCCAGAUAAUUUACAAGUUUCAAACAAUGCAAAAAGUUUAAAACCUUUAGGAACUUUUCAAAUACAUUUAAAAGCUAACAGCCACAUUUUCUUUUACGUCACCUCUAAAAAACUGCCUUGCUUUUCUGUUGGCUCACAACUACGUAACUGUUCAUUUCUUAAAUUGUGCUUGCUUACUAAAGAUCUGUGCUAGGCUAUGAGCUACCUCGUGAGGAAUUUACAGAAGGACUCAAAGAAGUUAAUGAAUUGUCUAAAGGUGUAAAGUAUACCAAACUGCUGAUUGGAAGCUACAGAAAAAAGCUGUUCUUUUAUUACAUGUUUAGCCUUCUCUAAACCUACCUCCUUCCUUGUUAUUUUAAGAACUGAACAAUAGACAUUUAUGAAGUUUUUAUCUUUAAUAUAUGCAUAUAUGUUUCCACUCAUACCUUUAAUUGAGUAGCCUUAAUUUCCUGGGAGUCCCAUGUCAACAUGGUCUUUAAUUAAUAAAAUUACAUUAAUUCCAUGUGCUACAACUUUAAUCAAUUUUACAUAAAUUUAGGCUCACAUACCUCAGUGUGAUCUUAAACUAACGUCCAUUUAAGAACAUACAAAGACUCCAUUAAUUUCAAUUACAUGAUGACUAAACAACAAUUAGUCUUAACAACUCAUGAAAAAAAAACACCCUCUGACAUGCUCUCUUCUUAUCAAAGGCUGAGCCAAAACUGUACAGACUGCUUCAGUGACAUGGAACUCCAAUUAGAAGUCUUCACAUUAUCUGAUGACCCUCACUGUACUUAAGCUUGUAGGAAGCUUUGCAGUGAGCAAUACAAAUCACACGCUCCUAGAGAAAAGGCCUAUCUAGCUCUAACAGCAGAGGUUGAUUAUAUCACAGAGCAUAAGAGUUUACAUCCUCACAAACACAUGGUCUAAUUUUAACAUAUACUUCUUGUACAUUACAUAGAAGCUAUUCCUAAUCAGUGAACUUUUAGCCUAUUUCCACUAAACUUCCAAAUUUUUGUUAUCCACAGAACUGUACACUCCACUCUUCAUCCUGCUAACACAUUAGCUGCAGCCAUCUUCUGCAGUAACAAUGUUUACAGGUUAAAUAUUCCCUUUAAUCAGCUUGAAUUUGCCACAUUUCAGUGUACCACUGCUUUUGUAUUAGAAGGAAUGUUCCCAGUUGUUCUGCUACAUACCACUCUAUUUUAAAACAUUUUACAUAUCACUCUUCAAUUGUCUCUUUUUAGUUCUGUUUCAGCACCUAGUUGUAAGGCUUUUUCCUGAAUACUUCCAAUCAUUUCCAUUGUGCAUAUCUGAAUGUUUCCUCUCCUGACUUCUGGCUCCAGCAAAAUACAGAGAACAUGGCUGAGAUAAGCAUAGUAGUGCGAGCUGGUCAAUACUGGUUUUGCAAGUAACAGAUAAAUACCAGGUAAAUACAAAUACAUUAAAAAAACCUUAUUUUUACUUGUGAAAUACAGGUAUUGGCUUUGGGGUUUUAAUGAUAGUGGCAUUUCUGUUUAAUAAUAAAAAGAUACGAACAGUGCUUGAAAAGCAAUCCUCAGCUGUUUCUACCAAAAAGGCAUUUUGUUCUAUACACUGAAAGAGCUGUUGUUCUUUUUAAAAAUAGCUUCAACUGAACAGCCAAACAUGAGGGAAUGAUUUUCAGAAGGAGUUCCAGAAUACAACUAAGAAUACAGACUGCUGAGUUGCAACACUGCUGGUCUGCCUUUAGCAAAAGAAACUAUAUAAUUCUAAACAGCCUUAAUGACUAUUUCAAGAUUUCUAUGUUACAAAGGCCACAAGAAGCACAGUUAGUUAAAGAAAUCACUGGGCUCAGUAAGGAGGUUGGCACUGAUUUGUUGUGUGAUCGUUGUCAAGUGGCAGGUUAAAUUAUUUGACCUUUUACUACUUAUCUGUCAAGUUACAAACACAAAAACACAAAAUGGUAUUAUCCACCUCUGCAAUGCUCUGAAAUCCUUUACUGCAAUAGGAUGUGUAACUUUAUUUAACAAAUAAAGGCUU